CAGGAAUAAAUAUUUGUUCUAUUCCCCAUCAUUCCCCAAAAGGCGACGCUAUUCGCUCUCUCCCAGUUUGUUUACUGCCGUUCUUAUCUGCCGUUCUUAUCGUUUUUGAGGUCAACCCAAUCUUCACUACAUUUCUAUAGAUCGAUAAUAUUGGGUUCAUUCAAUUGGAUUUUAAACAAUUAAACCCCGUUUAUAUCCUAGCUGAGGAGUGAAUACCAGAGUGGAUCUUUCCAUUUCUGCCUAAAUAUGAAACUCAAUCGCAACCUAUUCAUUUCCUCAAGAUCUCUACGCAUUUUCUGCCCCAAACUUUAGCAUAAAUCAAAGAUUCUCAUAUCCCAUUGGGGAACAUUUUUGGGGGUUUCAGCAAAGCACAAUGAAACGGAGAGGGGUGCGCCCACUCUUCAGCGCACUUCUGCUCAUAGCGCUGGCGGUGACGCUCUUUGGCCGGCUCUUCCUCCGAUACUCCUCAUUUGAGUCAAGAAUCGGAAACCCUUUUGCCCAGAAGGCCCAAAAAGUGAUCUUUAACGAGACCCUUCUCAAAUACGCAUAUAUAGAUAUUGGGGAGCCUCGGUUAAAGAAGGAUGUUGAGGAGCUGUUAGAAGGUAAUUUUCGAACUCAUGGUCGCCAUAGAUCUUUCUUGUCUUCGGGUAGAUAUCAUAUUGACCUUAGAGUCAGGUCAUCCAAUGGCAUGCCUUUACAGGUUCGGUCACCUGAGUUUAACAUCCUCUGGGCUAGUUUCCGGAGGUAUUUGCGUGACUGGUUUCAUAAAAGACUGUUUCCUAUUCACCCCAUGGUUGACUUUUUCGAUAAAGUAAAGUUCUUGAUUGAUAAUCAUGAAAGUAAAGGAGUACUGAAUACUAAUAAGAAGAAAAGGUAUAGUUCUUGUGCAAUUGUGGGAAAUAGUGGGAUUUUAUUGAACACUGAAUAUGGGCGGUUAAUAGAUGGUCAUGAGAUUGUGAUCCGUUUAAACAACGCCAGGACUGGAGGGUAUGAACGUAAUGUGGGCUCCAAAACAAACAUUUCAUUUGUAAAUAGUAACAUAUUGCAUCUAUGUGCAAGAAGGCAGGGAUGCUUUUGUCAUCCUUCCGGACCAAACGUGACUAUGGUUAUGUAUAUCUGCCAACCGGUCCAUUUAUUCGAUUACCUGGUGUGUAAUGCCUCUUUCAGAGCCCCACUGGUUGUCACUGACCGAGAAUUCGAUGCAUUGUGUUCUAGGAUUGUGAAGUACUAUUCUUUGAAACGGUUUGUGGAGGUUUUGGGGAAGAAGGUGGAUGAGUGGGGAGCUGCUCAUGAUGGGGUUAAUUUCCAUUACUCUUCAGGCAUGCAGGCUGUUAUGCUGGCAUUGGGAUUGUGUGAGGAAGUUGGGAUAUUUGGGUUUGGCAAAUCAGCUGCGGCUAAACAUCAUUACCACACUAAUCAGAAGAGUGAGCUGAAGUUGCAUGAUUAUGAGGCAGAGUAUGAUUUGUAUAGGGAUUUGAUUGAGAGGCCUCAGGUAAUACCUUUCCUUCCUGAUAUGUUCAUCGUCCCUCGUGUUUCGAUAUACCAUUGAUGUUUUCAACACAAUUGAUUUGCUCAUAUGACUAGUGUAGAUUGUUUAGUCUCCCAUGGCUAAGCCAACUGUUUGGGAGAAAAUUUCUGUCUAGACUUGAAUCACUCUUUGCUCCAUCAAAGCCCAGCAGAACGUGUAAUGAAAAUUGCUGAAUUGUAACGUUUUUAGUACUAAAAAGUUCCCAAGUGCUGAAGUGCAAGUAGGCUCUACUAUAGUAUAGUGCUGUAAUUUUGUUUGGGCAUGUAAUUUUAGAAACAUUUAUGUACUUGUGUUAACUUAAGCAGUUAUUAUUCUGUCUUAAACAACAUUAAUGCUUUAGGGCAACUGGUGCUUCACAGUCUUCUAUGCAGCUUGAGUAAUGCCAAUUUACACAUGGAUAUAUGAUAAUGAAGCUCUUAGAUUUGAACUUUGUUAGUUCAGUUUAGUUCCCUUUUGGCAGCUCAUUCUGGCCCGUUAUUCUUGAUGUACACGCCCUUGUAUACUCC